AAUGACACCGCCCCGUCUAACGUCAUUUACGAUCGUACAAACAUGAAAUUAAAUCAAGUAUUUUAUUGUGAAAUUUAAACUACAUUUUAUCCAAUAAAAGCAGCUGCCCAAGUAUAUUAAAGUUGAGCGUAAUAAAAUACGCCACUGACAUAUUUCCAGAUAGUUAAAAAUUAAUGAAUAAAAAUGUUGAAUGAAAAAAUAUUACAAGAACGUUUGGCACAAUUUAAUCCUGAGCCUUUGGUUGAUGUAGAUUACAAUAAAACAAAGGAUUCUAUAGAAUCUUACACAAUAACAGAAGAUGAAAAUAAUAUUGACCUGGUAAAAACUAAUUUUUUAAAUUUUUUGGAUAAUAAUGAAAUUAAAAAGGCUGCAGAGAAUAUUAUAAGGAAAUAUGGAGUUGGAACAUGUGGACCAAGAGCUUUUUACGGCACAACAGAUGUUCACUUGGAACUUGAGCAAAAAAUGGCGGAAUUUCUUAGAAUGGAAGACUCUAUUGUUUAUUCAUAUGGUUUUGUUGCAAUUUCGAGUUCAAUUGCAGCAUAUUGCAAGAGAAGUGAUGUUGUUUUUAUCGACAAAGAGGCUAACUUUCCUAUAAGACAGGGUUUGUUAGCAGCCAGAAGUACUGUCGUCUACUUUGAUCAUAAUGAUCCAAAGAGUCUAAGAGCUGAAGUGGAAAAAGUGGUAAAAAAGGAGAAAAAACCAAAAAGAAAAUUUCUUAUCGUUGAAGGUGUUUCUUGGAAAACAGGGAAACUGCUUCCUCUGGAGGAAUUUCUAAAAGUAGCCGAAGAUUUCAAAAUGCGGAUUUUCCUUGAAGAGUCCUACUCAAUAGGAAUAUAUGGGAAACAUGGUAGAGGUCUUACAGAACACUUCGACAUUGAUCCCAGUCGACUAGAUAUGAUCAUUGCUUCUUUAGAAGUUGCAUUAGGAACAAUAGGGGGCAUUUGUGCGGGCUCACAAAUGGCGAUAGAGCAUCAAAGACUAUCGGGUUCUGGAUAUAUAUUUUCAGCUUCUUUACCAACGUUUUUGGUUCAAGCAUGUGUGGAAUCGCUUAGGUUAAUGGAAGAUCGACCUCAAAAAAUUCGUGUUUUUGCAAGAGAAUUUCAACUGUUUUUAGAAGAAACUUGCAAAUUUAAAGUAGAAAGUGAUCCGGAUUGUGCAUUUAAGGUAUUUACAGUUAUAGAAGAAAAUAAGAAGGAACGAGAAGAAAUGAUACAUGAAUAUUGUAAAAAGCACGGGAUACAUUUUCUUAUAACUGAGGCGGGUUUGGUGAUAAAUCUGUCUAUUAAUCUUCAUGAAAAUAAGGAAAAAUUAAAAAGAGUUUAUGAAGUUUUAGAGAAUGCAUCUAAGUUAUAAUAAAUAACCAUUUUCAAAAAAGUUUACUUAUAAUUCCAAUAAAGUUCCAUAUUAUGUAUUUUAAGAAAUUGUAAUUAUACUUAAGUUUAACUUCACUAACAAAUUUUAAAGUAGGCUUAACAGAUUCAAAUGUGUCACCUGCAUUAGUAGAUUCACACAUAAAUUAUAACAGGAUAAUAUAUAUUGAAAUAAACAUAUACUUGAGAUAGUU